AUGAAAUUCCUCCAUUAUUUUUAUAAAUUAGGCACAGGAAAUUCCUGGGCUUGCAUCAGCGACUGUAAUGGUUACGUAGAUGUUACUGGCGCUUCUAGAGGGGGUUCAGGUAUCACUAAUGACGCAGCAACUGGACCUUCUACAUCUACUUCACCUAAUGAAAAUUUUCAGGCUGUCACCUGUCGUGGAAAUCGGAACAGCCAAGCCUCAGCAUUUCCUUUCCCGCCGCCCAGUGACGUUUACAUUGCGUGUCACCUUAGUUCCUCGGCCAACAAGACAAAUACCCAGGUGCCGCAGUCACCAGGUCUUAUCCCCUCGCCCUUGGCAUCAUCUAGUAUCGUGGAGAUCAGAACGGCUGUGUCAGACAAGAGAGAAACAAAAUCGGCAACAACCAUCACUUCUUUGAAGCCGCUAGCAAGCAGGAUGAGUAAUGUUGGCAGCACUUCCUUAGUAGGCCGUUGCAGCGCACCUACAAAGAUAGAAACAAAUGACUGCCCCACAGAUUUCUUGCACCAUUCUGGAAAAAUUGUAGCCAAUGAUGGCAACAGUGCCAUUCAUGACUGCUCCACACCUUCAAUUGGUCUGAGCAGUUCUAGCUCUGAUUCUGCCUCUCCACUUCGAUCGCCUAUUCUGAGUAGGCAGCAUCAAUUGAUGGAGUCACAGUUUUCUUUCAAAAACUAUGGGCAAAUCAGCAAUAGUAUAGGAAAUUCGAACAUACUUCUCAAUGACAGGAACGAAGAUUCUCGACUUGGAUCACCGAAGCAGAUGGGUAUUUAA